AAAAUGGCUCCCGUCAAGGCUAACACUGCUGCUGUCAAGAAGUCCAAGUUCAUCAUUGAUUGCUCUGGUCCUGCCAACGACAAGAUCUUUGAUGCUGCUGCUUUCGAAAAGUACCUUCACGACCGUAUCAAGGUUGAUGGUCGUACCAACAACCUCGGUGAAGCCGUUACCAUCUCUCGCUCUGCUGACAACAAGAUCACCGUUGUUGCCAACAUUGCUUUCUCCAAGCGUUACCUCAAGUACUUGACCAAGAAGUUCUUGAAGAAGAACCAAAUCCGUGACUGGCUCCGUGUUAUUGCCACUGACAAGCAAACCUUCGAACUUCGUUACUUCAACAUCGCUAACGAUGAAGAAGCUGAAGACGAAGAAUAAAUUACUUAUUCUCAAUCCAUGUAUUUAUUCUAGAAUAAUAAAAAACCUUUUUUUGUUGU